AUGACCAAAGGGGCUCCCCACCUCUGCUCUCAGACCACCCAUUCUGAGACCUUUUCUUACACCAGAGCAGUACUCAGGCUGGUUUCAGCCUACCUUCCAACUCAGGAGAUGAAAGAAAAAGGAACAAGGAAGCUACGUUCCGGACCUGAUCAGACAACAGGCAGGAAUCCUAAAGGCUUUUCCCUCAACCCUGGGCUCAUUCCUAUAUUGUGCCACCAGAGGGCAGCGUUCCCCUGCCUCGCUCCGGCCCAGAGGCUGGCUUUAGGAUGGCAGCCCGGGGCCCGGGGGGCCGCGGCGCUGCUGGGCGCCGCGGCGCUGCUGGCCCUGGCGCCGUGGCCGGGGCGCCGUCCGGAGGGCCGCCGUCCGGAGGGCUCCCCGGAGGCGGCGGCGGCGGCGAUGGUGGCAGGGCUGCGGCCCGAGGUGUGGCGGCGGGCGCGGGCCGUGCGGGGGCGGCGGGCUUGGGGCGGGGGGUCGGGCGGGUCCCUGGGCUGCGCCGCCCUGCGCCGCCUGUCCGGGCUGAGCCCCGUGGGCGCGGGGGACACGAAGGCCGUGGUGCGGGCCCAGCUGGGCGGGGCCGGGGGCCGGGGCCGGGGCCGGGGCCGGGGUCUGGCCCUGGCCCUGAAGGCGGUGCGGCCCAACGGGCCCGACGUCAGCCGCUGCCUGCAGCGCCCGGGGGCCCUGCCCGCCGCCUGCCGCCGCCGGGCCAACUACAAGCUGCUCAAGGAGCUGGCGCUCCUCCAACGCCUGCGCCACCCGGCCGUCGUCAAGUUGUACGGCCAGUGCUGCGAUCACAGCCCAGAUGGGGAGAUCGGGGUCACCGCCAUCCUGGAGUUGGGAAGUCCUCUGGAGUUCAUUCAGCUCCUGCAGACCCCCUGGGAGGAGAGAUUUAAAAUUUGUUUAGGGCUGGUGAGGUUGCUGCACUAUCUGGCACACUCCCCCCUGGGGUCGGUGGCCUUGUUGGAUUUCCAGCCACGACAAUUUGUCCUGGUGAAUGGACACCUGAAAGUGACGGACCUGGACGAUGCCAGCACAGAGGAGCCAGAGUGCCAGUCGGAUGAAUACUGCACCCUGGACUUCCCUGACAGAACAUUCCCUGGCCGCUGUGGCGCCGCUGGCCGCUGUCAUGGCCUAAACGAAAAACGGAACCUCUACAACGCCUAUCGGUACUUUUUCACAUACCUUUUGCCACACACAUCACCUCCUGCCUUGCAGCCUCUUCUCCUGGAUAUUCUGAACGCCACAGGUGAUUUACGAUACGGGAUCAAUGAGACACUAGCCACAUUUGAAGAAGUGCGCCAUUUGUAUGAGUCUGGGCUUUAUCUCCAGAACAGCCCCCAACAUCUGAAAGAUUACAUUCUUCUGAAGGGCUUCCGUCCGAAAGAUAGCCAGGACUACAGGUGCUGGCCCUCCUACAGCCACCUGGGGUGCUUGCUGUCUGUCCACGAUGCUGAGGAGGCGGCCAGCAUCUGUGCCUCCCACCCACAGUGCCAGAGUUUCAUCAUCCACCAGGAGCAGACAUGGGCAGGCCGACACCUCGCGUCAUUCCGGAGCAGCAUGGCGGAGCUGAUUCCUGACGCCCAUUCACAGGUGUACAGAAAGCAAGCUGGGACCCGAAGCGGUGAGGCACUGUAGCCGGCUUUUGGAGACCUGUGCUAUGCAGGGAGACACUUCCACCCUCUGACUCGAGGGGACCGCUGGGUCACUGUGGGGCAGGCCUCAGCUGGCUUAGAACGGUCAUCAUCUCUCCCAGGUGGAGGGUUUCCUCGCCCCGCCACAGAUGGACAGCAUUGGUAUCCCGUGUGGUAGGAUGCCCCAGGCCUGAUGGGAGCCCCAUAGGCGUGCCUGGACCCAAGGUGGGGUGUCACGAGCUCCUGGCGUCUCUGCAAGGUCCAGCUGCGGAAACUGCCAGGACCCAGACUACAGGGGAUGCAGUGAGCCUGACCCCAGCACCCCGAAGCAUGGAUGGCCGUUUCCAGUUUAAUAACCUUGGAGGUUGUCCUAUGUACUUUCAGUGAAAGCAUCAUUAGGGAGCAGAUUGUCAAGUACCUCGAGAGCCUGUUUCCUAGGCGCUUCAUUUAAGAGAUGGCCUGGGAUGGGCCCUCUUGAGCUAGCAGGGAGGUGUUUGGUGGAAAAUCACAGCCCUGAGUAUUAGCAUUAACCAUCGCUUGUUCCUUUCUUCUGGUAUACCUCACUCAGUGAGUGAGCGUGGACAUGUCUCCAGAUUGAACUUGGACUUUGCAGGCUGAUGCUGCGGGGAUUCCUGCCCCUCCCCUUCCCUCCAUUAGCCAGAACUCC